AUUUACUUGAUAAGUUCUAAACUGAAAUUGUAGUAGAACAUACAUCUGUGCAACACUGACUUAUUGAGGUUACACUUAUUUUCAGUUACAUAUUGCAGCUGGAACAUCGCCUAUCCCCAGUGAGUCGUGGCAACGCGGUCCGAACAUAGGAAACACUAUGGCUGUGGCGCACCGGAAAUACGUGUAAUACGAUACCAGAACAGAGCAACGCAAUAGAUCUGCUAAGAAUAUUCUUCUACAGGCUAAUGUACAGAGAAGUCUAUGUUGUGUGAAAUAUGUCUAAGAGUUCAUCGGCUUUGCCACCGCGCCAUUUUGCUUUGCGUUCACGUUUCUUGGUUGUUUCACUAACAGAUAACAGAAACUAACGAAAAAUGUCAGGAGAAGAAACAUCCGCAGAUCGCAAUGUAGAAAUAUGGAAAAUCAAGAAACUAAUAAAAAGUCUGGAGCUUGCAAGGGGGAAUGGAACAAGUAUGAUCUCCCUUAUAAUCCCACCUAAAGAUCAAAUCUCUAGAGUAAGCAAAAUGUUAGCUGAUGAAUUUGGAACAGCUUCUAAUAUCAAGUCUCGAGUAAAUAGACUAUCAGUACUUGGUGCAAUCACAUCUGUCCAACAUCGUUUGAAACUAUAUACAAAAGUACCUCCCAAUGGUUUGGUGAUCUAUUGUGGAACAAUUGUAACAGAUGAGGGUAAAGAAAAGAAAGUAAAUAUUGAUUUUGAACCGUUCAAACCUAUAAAUACCUCAUUGUACUUAUGUGAUAAUAAAUUUCACACAGAAGCACUCACAGCGCUACUGGCAGAUGAUAAUAAGUUUGGAUUUAUUGUAAUGGAUGGUAAUGGUGCCCUGUUUGGAACGCUACAAGGCAAUACACGUGAGGUGCUUCACAAAUUCACUGUAGAUCUGCCAAAGAAACAUGGUAGAGGUGGUCAGUCUGCACUACGUUUCGCGCGUUUGAGAAUGGAAAAAAGACAUAAUUAUGUAAGAAAAGUUGCUGAGGUAGCAACACAACUGUUCAUCACAAAUGACAAGCCAAAUAUAGCUGGACUUAUCUUGGCUGGUAGUGCAGAUUUCAAGACUGAACUAAGCCAAUCCGACAUGUUUGACCCUAGAUUGCAAGCUAAAGUAAUAAAGUUAGUUGAUGUAUCCUAUGGAGGUGAAAAUGGUUUCAAUCAGGCAAUAGAACUAGCAGCUGAAUCAUUGCAAAAUGUCAAAUUCAUCCAAGAGAAAAAACUAAUUGGUAGAUACUUUGAUGAAAUUAGCCAAGACACUGGUAAAUAUUGUUUUGGUGUUGAAGACACACUCAGGGGAUUGGAGCUAGGAGCAGUAGAAACAUUGAUUUGUUGGGAGAAUUUGGACAUUCAACGAUAUGUUCUUAAAAACCAUACGACAGGCACUGAAACUGUAUUACACUUGACCCCAGAACAGGAGAAGGACAAAUCUCACUUCACUGACAAAGAGACGGGAGUAGAGUUAGAAUUAGUAGAAUGCCAGCCGCUUCUAGAAUGGCUAGCAAAUAACUACAAAAACUUUGGUGCUACCUUAGAAAUUAUCACUGACAAAUCACAAGAGGGUUCGCAGUUUGUACGAGGAUUCGGUGGUAUUGGAGGCAUUCUUCGAUACAAAGUGGAUUUUCAGUCUCUACAAGCUGACGAGCCACUGGAUGAUGUAGACCUUGAUGAUUACUAAAAAGGUCUAUCUUAUCCUUAUGGCUAACUAUAUAACCAAGGUUUGUUGAGAUAUAAAGUGGACUUUCAGAGUAUGCAAUUAGAAGAACUUGAGAAUGGAGAUGAGUUUGAUUUAGACGAAUAUUGAUUUCAUAUAACCGAAGUAUUUUGAGACAGCAUUUGUAAGGGUGGUGCCGUCAGUGGAAAUGCGAUCGGCGACUCUCUCACUAAUAUAAUAACACAACAACCAUACGUGACAAUAUUUUUGUUUAUGUUAAAUUGUACUGAUGGUCGUGUGCUUUGCACAAAUAAAGGGUUAUAGGUUACAUAGUGGAUAUAAUGAAUCCCUGUACCCGAUUUUAUUUCUUUUGAUGGCUGUCAUCGACUUUGAGCUCUGAAUUAGUAAUUUUUUAUUUGAAACUAUGAGUCAGUCAUAGCAUUAGCGUUAUUAUCAAACUAUAGUUUCAAAAUCGAACAGCUAAUAUACCUGUAGUUUCGGUACAGUAAAGGAAAAAUUGGCAUAUUUGUUACAAUGUUUGGAUUCGACAAACGGGACGCCAUGGAAAUCAAAAAAUAAAAUACGGGAAAUAUAUAGAUGGUUAACCUGUUUGCAAUUAUAGAUAUGUCUAAAUUUUUCACAAGUAGGAUCAGAAAUCAAAUAUGACCAUGAAGUCCUACACAAUGUUUCCAAUGUGAUGGUAAGUGCGAGUAAAAUUACUGCUUUCGUUUGCAUUUUCACGUCUUCUUUUAUUUCAAGUUUUUCAAAUUCAUGUGGACUUGAAGUCGAUGCAGACUAAUAGUAUCAUGUUUAAAUUAAUUGUUCUAUUCCAUUGAUAUUUUGAAACUGUACUUUAUUGCAGGAUAAUUCGCGGGUGCAUGGGAAAAAUGGCAGGAGAUCUAAAAGAUUGCUCUUCUUUUCAACGGAUAUAGGGAUUGGGCCCCUAUAACUUUGUUUUGUUGUUAAUACUAAUUUUUCUUUCCCCGAUUUUCUUCUAAGGUCGAUACUCUGAAAUUCUUCAUCUGUGCGAUGUGAUGUUUUAUAGAAUAGUAUUCCCAUCUGUGUAUUCUCAAAGUGUAACCAUCGAAUAUUACGCCAAUUAUGUCCUCCUGUAAGCUUUCUGUUUACAAGUUGGGCCUUUGAAAAUAAGCGAAAAGGCAAAAAAAUCAUUCUGACGCAUUUCCUUUACAUGAAAUUUGUGUUUCUUUCCACAUUGUCUUACCAACUGAGACCAGUCGUGUGGGUGUUCUAUCGGUAAACCAUGCUUCUUUUUUUUCUUCUCUAUUAUACUAUGGUCCGAGUCGCACUCCAUGUGCGUAUGCCCUGCAAUAAGGAACUUGUGAUCUAUUGUUUGUAGAUUUUCGGAAUCUUGUAAAGCUUUCAUACACAUUGCUGCGACAUAACUAUUCUUGUUCUGACCGGCACAAGUAUCCGAGUACAUGGUCAAGUGCCUUACCGAUCUAGGUAGUACAGGCAAGAACUAACAUCAUCACCGCCCCUUUUUGCUAGGGCCUCAUGCCACAUAUAGCAGAAUGCCUGGCUAUCAUCACAGUCAUGGACCGUAAAGUUAUAUGUCCACAACUGUCGUUUAUAGAAUGCCAAGGAGCUCUGGACUGAAGGAGUUGGUAGACAUUGUUGCAUAUCAAAAGUUAUUGUUUUCAUUGUGGGAUCAUUUUUUGAAAGUUGCUUAUCGAGUGAUUUGGCUUCAUAUGCCAAAUCAGCUUGAGUGUGAUGCUGGUUUAGUUUUUCCUUCAAUUCAGUGUUAUUUCCAUCCAACUUAAUCUGCAUGUUUAGUUUAUCGCAAGUUUGACAUGUAUCCUUCUUAGGCUGUUUAAUUUUUAUGUUCAAAGUGUUGAACUCGCGUUCAUAUAAAUACCGUGACACAGGGUUUUCAGGAUAUUUCAAUCUGUACUCGGCAUAUAGAUCGCACAGAGUUAUGUGAGGUGGAAGAUAUUUUUGUUUGGAGUCUCUUCUUGUAUAGUGGCUUUCAUAAGUUGGAAUAGAUAGAAUAUGAGCACGAACAUUCCCGAUAUCUGCUUCGGUUCGUUUAUUAGCCGGUGCACUUUCUCCUCGACGAUCUAAAGGCAUUAUUCCUGACUUUGCCUCCAACUUUUUUUUAACCACAGUAUCAAUAAACCUAACUGUCUCACCAAAAGUAGCCAUAAAACAAACUUUACAUGUCGGUAUAUUUUUACCAUUUAGCUGUAGAUGAUACAGGACUGUAUUUUGUCUAUUAUGCCGUUUAGUUUUUAUGGCUGCUCUCAUCCUUGAGACUGCCUUAUUUUUGAUUUCCAGCAACCCAGCUAUAUAUGAUACUCUUCUGUUAUAAUCGCCGAUGUUCCAAUAUUCUUCAAAGAGCUGUUUUCUGUCUUCCUCUGAUGUGUUUUCUUGACAGUGACUUCUGCAUUUUUUCAAAGCCCUCAUAACACGCUUGGCUACGGUCUUACCUUUGGCAGUUGUAUAUUGAUGUCCUAUAUUACGUUUAAUUUGCCUUUCUUUUCGGACAGCUCUAGUUUCCCCUUUUAGUAAUCGCUGCUUACGUCGUGUUGCUCUAGAUCUACUAGAUGCAUUUUCUAUAUCUUUUAUUUCAGUUUUUCUAUCUUGUAAAGUAUUUUUUGUUUUAAUUUUCACCUUUUUUCCCUCAGGAAAGAAUUCUGUUUCUGAUGUUGAGGAAUUACAUUCAAAGUCUGGAUCCUUCACAGAAUCGUCUGAGUCUCCAAAAUCAUCAAUGUCAAUUAGAUUUCGAAUAUCAUCAGGUACGGAUGGAGCCUCGCUUGAAUCUGAAACAAAUAUGAAAUAAUGACAGACUCAAUGAGGAAAUCAAUCCCUCCAAAGGGACGACAAUGCUCAACAUGAUAGUUAUAACAAAAACAACGUAAAUACUCAUCCUGAAUCAUAUUCCAUAGACAAACACUAAAUUUGUAGUUCAAAUUCUAAGCACAUUCAAAAUGUGUGACACAUUCUUCUUAAGAAUAUUUGAAGGCAUACAAAAAAAAAUAUUAUAAAGGUGCUAUAAAAUCUUGUUGUUUUAAUUACCAAUCUAUACCUACUAAUGAAGUAGAAACUGAAUGUAAUGUCUCACCUGUCUGAUCAAUAACAGGAUCUUUAUUAGCAGUUUCACAUUCCACAUUUUCGAAAGAAUCCCUGAUUUCAAGAUGUGUAACAGCUUCAUUAUGGCCUAAAAAUAGCAUUUAUGAGGAAAGCAAUUCAUUUUCCUCCUACUUUAUUAAGAUACAUUACUACAAGAUGGACAAAUGAAACUGAAAUGAAAAAUGCUUUUAAAAAAAUUAGUAACAUAUCAACCCCAAGACCGCAAAUUUGAAUUGCCGCUACCAUGUCAAGUAUUUACUUUUUGAUUACGGACUCGCAAUUUAAUGUGUGUGUGAUGUGGCACACAUUCAUUUUUCUAUAAAAUGAAAGAUUAUAAUUAUCUUUUUCCACUUCAGAUUGUAAGCUAAAAUUCCAAUCAAGUACUUGUAGAUUUCAUAACCUCAAAAACUUAAAUAUGACAAUAUUACCUUGAGAAAGCCAACUUACCGUCAUUUGUGGAGGUUGUACAGAUUUUUUCUUCUAUCAUACGCAUGAUCCUGUCCGUUCUAGAAUUUAUUUUUUUCCAUCUUGCACUAACUAUGCUUAUAGCCUUAGUUUAAAACACUGUUUUGCUUAGGUACGUUACAACAUGCUAGGCAUAAAACAUAACCUUACUCUCCAGUAAAGAUGCGAUGAAUGAUUUAUGUCACAAACGUUUUUUCGGUGUUUACGUGUAAAGAGAUUUAAGUCUGACAUACUACCUUCUCCCCAUUGAAAUGUACUGAGCAUUUUACGUGUAAAUAGGCAUACGUCUGACAUAAUACAAUUUCCACAAUCAAAUUUACAAUUUUUUGGCGUAAAUAUGAGUAUGUCUGACAUAAUACACUUUCCCCAACCCAGUGUGAUACAUUUUAUUGUAAAUUAAGUUAUAUGUUAUACUUACAUCUUUUUGCACUUGCAUACAUUUAAAAAGAAAGAUAUCCAUUUGUAGUAAGUCUGACAUAAAACAAUUUACACAGUAAAAUUUGACUUAAAUCAUUCGGCACAUUUGAAAUAGGUGAUUUAUGCAUGGACAAUGACUUAUUUCGUUAUUCCCAUAGAUGAAGAGUGAUAUCAAAAUCCGAUUUUUGACUUAACCCAAUUUUGUCGAAAAAAUGACUUACCACCUUUUUCCCAUACACCCGCGAAUUCUUAUUGAUGUUUUCAAACAGGAUUUUUUUAACAUAUUCUAUGUCAGUUAUUUCAUUUGUAUACAUUAUUGAAUAAUCAAAUCAAAGUGACAGCUUCUUGUGACUACAAAACUUCAUUGAUUAUCACUUGGUUUUCUCAUUACAUAACAAAAAAUAAAUACUUUUUUUAAGAUGUCCAUGUAAUGGACCUGAUGUAAAUAGUACCUUGAUAAAGUAUAACAAAAAAUAGCUUGGAAUAUUUUACAAGAAUCUUCUCUUGUGAACAUCUUACGCCAUCUUCUCUUUGUCAAUCUCAAUAGAACAUUUUUAUUUAUCUAUAUUUAUAAGCAAAUAACUAACGAAUGUAAUUAUUAAGUACGUAUUUUAUACAUAUUUGAAAUGUAUCUGGAAUUGUGUACAUAUUUUCUACAUAGGACUCAAGUUCCUUGAUAGUUUAUUCCAUAUAGUUAGCAAAACGGUGUCGUGAAUGUGUAAAAAAUAAUUGAAUUAUUUAUAUCCUACGCCUCCAAACAUCAACCCAGGUUUUCGCCCAAUUUCCAGGUGUUCUCAAUGUUUUACCUAUAUUUGACAACUAACAAAAACGUUUGUAAUGCUCCUUAAAACUCUGGAAUUGGUAGUAUUCGUACAUUUUUGCUUGUACCUCCAUAAAUUUAAAAAGAAAUUACUAGUAUUGAGUGGUACUAUUCAACUACAAUGUUCAAAAACUUAAAAAAUGAUGCUGCUAAAAUCAACGUAAUAUUAAUAAUUGUAUAAAAAUUUAAAUCUCUUGGAUGAUAUUGAGUCAACCAUUCAUUAUUAUUAAAAAAAAAAUCUCAAUCCAGUUAUCAAUAUUGAAUUUAGAAUAUGUAAGAAUGCAAUCAGAAUAAAACAUUUUACAUAUAUGAGGUGUAUAUGUGAUUUCAAGAACCCAACUGUGUAACAUCAUCUAGUAGUCUAAACUCGCUUGAAUCU